UAUGUCGUUAAUUUUCAAAAUAAAUGAAUACGAAAUGGGGUCCAAUUUCUUCUAAAUUUCCACGGAAAACCGAUUUUCGUUAACGGGAAGUAAAUAUGAACUAAGUGUAAGUGAUAAAAACACUUUUCGGUGUGUGUUUUUGUGAUAAACGUGAAAUUUGUGGCUAACGAUUUGGCGGGAGUCAAACGCCAGUCCGUGCUGUGGUAAUGGCCGAUAACUUUUCUGUUCAUUUCAAUGAUCCCUGAAAAUUUACGAAAAUAUUGGGACUUGUUUCUUUUGUCUCAUCCUACUUAACCCCCAAUAAUGUCCUCGGUCAUUCAUAAAGGCACAAGUCACUUUAGCCCCAAAAAACAGCUGCAAGAAGAAACUGUGGCCCCUGACAGCACAACACACACAGACAGAACGAUGUCGGAAUUUUGUUCUGGCCAAGACGUAUUAGUUAAACAAAAAGAUGGAAGGUAUUACUUUGGCACAAUUGUGGAAGUGGAUAAUACAAGGGACCAAUGCCUAGUCAAGUACGGAGAUAACACCCAGCAUUGGUCGGUUUUUAAAGAUUUGACCAAACUCAGCACUGGCCUAGAGCACGAAGACUUACUAUGUGUGAUUUGUAAAAAGUCAUCACCUAAAAACGAAAAAGAAAUUUGCGUUUGUGAUAGGUGUGGUAGAGGAUAUCAUAAAAAAUGUCAUACGCCUGAAAUACCCAACAAUAAUCAUAAAGAUGAUUCUUCAUGGCUUUGUAAAAGAUGCUUAGAUAGUGAACCAAAUAGACUGAAGAAAAGCGAUACGAAGCCCUUAAGAAGGGAUUCGCGAAGCUCAAAUUGUUCUAGUACUCAGGAAUCCAUGCCUUCAUCUACUACAAUUAAAGUAUUACCAUAUGACUUAAGCUCAUUAACUUGGGACCCAUAUCACAGAGUAAACACGGAACAAAUUUAUUGUUAUUGUGGAAACAACGGAGAAUGGUAUAGACAAAUGUUGCAAUGUGGAAGAUGUAAACAAUGGUUUCAUGAAAAAUGCAUGGACUCAUUACAGUUCCCUCUGUAUUGUGGUGAUAGAUUUUUUGUAUUUGUUUGUUCGAUAUGCAACCACGGCAAGGAAUUUUUGAGAAGACUAGAAAUGAAGUGGGUAGAUUUAGUACAUUUAAUGCUUUUCAACUUAACAGUAUAUAACUGCAAAAAGUAUUACGAUUUGGACACCGUUGUGAUACCGUACAUUAGUGAUAAUUGGCAUGCGUUACAGCUAGAACCAAAGAUGGCGAAUAUAACUAAGGCAGAACGUAGGGACAAUAUACUUUCCGUGUUAACGAAUCACAGGAAUCGGUUCAAGUGCGGACGGGAAAUCAAAAAACGGACCACUAUAUGGGGCUUAAGAGUGAGGUUACCGCCACCGGCGCCUUGUGUAGUGCUGCCGCCGCCAAAUCGGAGAGUUACUGAACUAGAAUUGCGUGAACUAUGGCAAGGAAACAGGCUUCAAUUUCUCUCGCCGCCGCCAGGCUUGCACAAUGUCCGUAAAUUGGUGCCUUGUGAUGUCACGAUGCGUAACGUCAUGAUGGGCGUGGCAUAUCAGCUGUCGGCGAAUCACAGCGAAACGGAAUCGCCCUGUCCAAGUCCGGAGAUCGAAAAAGAAGAAAGGAUAAUCUCACCAAACUCAACCAACAAAUACACUCACUCUAAAACCGAAUACGCCGGUUGUGCGAAAAAGACCGCCCCCUUCAAGAAAAUGAGCUUGCAACGUCGCAAAAAACUUCUGGCAAUGACCAAUCGCGAGCGGGAGCGAAUACUGAAACGCCCGCGUCGGCUGGUGACGAAAAAAGACGAAAACGGCAAAAAAGCAGCACCGUCCGUCAAGCAAAACGGCGAAACUAGGUCUAGGAGCGGAAACGGAACUAGUGGCAAGGGAACGGCCAAUGGGGAUAUGCCGCCGACGCCGCCCACCAGCGUGUCGGCCCCGCCCACUCCGCCGGCAUCCAGUGGCGGCAUGUCGAUGCAGUCGGAUUUUAGUAAUGAGUUUUCGGAAGGAUCUAAUCAAGCGAAGGUGCUGCCAAAUAAAAAAUCCAAUCUGUUAGAUCUGGAACUGAAUACGCCCUGUGAUACUUCUAGCGACGAGACGUCGUCCAAAAGCACAUUAGAUUUAAUUAUACCGCCGCCCAAAGACUUUGAAGGAAAAAAUAACCCGUUUUUGGGACUGCUGAGGAUGGGAGGAGGAGAGGAGUCGACGAAGAAGAAACGGGGCAAGGAGAUCACCUUGCCUCUACCCCUAAAAACUGUGAUACCGGGUCAACCCGUAAUGCGACCUAUGAAGCGCCAGUUAAGCGAAAAGGAUAUCAUAAUCGGUCCGAACGGAGAGAUUAAGAGGAAGAAGAGGUUGAGAAGGAACCGGAGUAAUGUAAAUAAUUAUGGUGUGGGCGCUACUGCCAGUAAAACUGCCACGAUCGUACCUGCCCGUCCGUUGGACUCCAAGGAAUGGAAAGGACAAGGAACCAACGGCAAUGCCCAAUUAGGCAACUGUCCAAACUACACGAUGAGCACCAAUCCCGUCCGACGCCUGCGCCAACGGCCCGAAAAGCCGCCCGACAAAGACCCCACACCUCCCAAACAGCCUACUCCCAAGCCUAGCCCCGUUAAAACGGAGCCCGACAUCGAUAUGGAGGAUCUGAAGACGUCGGUCAACAUGUACUUCGGCGCGGCCAAUCGCAUUGCCGCGGGGGAGCGGUUUGCUGUCAGAGCCAAGCGGAUCGGUCCGUCGGGCAAGGUAGAGUGUCUGAUCGAAUGGGAGGGACCUGGGGGACAACGACACGCCGGCAUGACUUGACUGUAAGGUUAUGGAGGGGGAAAGUAGAUGUUAGAUGGGGUAAAGAAUGAAUUGGUUGGUGUGGUGAGCCGGAGAUAUUGGGGUAAAAACGUUCUGCGUUAUGGAAUUCGGACUUAACCUGUUCAGAAUCAUUUAAUUUCACUGAAUUAAGCUUCAUUCAGAACGUCGCAACUAGUGGAAUAAAUUACACUUUAUACUUUUUAGUUUACAGUCAUUCACAAUGUCUAAAAAACAUAAUUAAAAUUAAUAGG